AAUUCCCUUUCCACCAAAAAGGUCACAUUUUUAUUUUCCACUUAGCUCUAAACCGUAUAUUACAACAUGUAACGUGGAAGAAUUACAAACGAUAAACAAAACACGAACAAACUUCACAAAUACGUACUACAUGUUCUUCGGCCAUUCUAACGAUCCUAUUCUUCCAAAUUUUCCUCUGUCAAAUCUCUGACGUUAACAAAACAAACCCAGUUUUCCCCCUUUUUUGAUCUCACAAGAAUCCUGGAUUUCGUUUUAUCAAAAGAAUAAUUUUUUUCAAACAAAAUAGGAAUCCUGGGGUUUUUUCCCAGAAAUCAGAACAAAUCUGAAACUUAGAAAGAUGAACAUUUUAGAGAAAAUGAAAGGGGUUGAAGGCAGAUUUUGCGAGGAAUUUUCACCUGGGUAUUAUGGUCUUUGCACCAUUGGUGGAAUGCUUAGUGCUGGAACUACCCAUUUGGCCAUUACUCCUCUUGAUGUUCUUAAAGUUAAUAUGCAAGUGAAUCCCAUUAAAUAUAAUGGCAUUUCAUCAGGUUUCUCAACUCUAUGGAGUGAACAUGGUGCUUCUGGCCUUUGGAGAGGUUGGUCAGGGAAGUUUUUCGGAUAUGGGAUUCAAGGCGGCUGCAAGUUUGGUCUAUAUGAGUACUUUAAGAAGCUCUACUCUGAUGUAUUAGUAGGUCAAAACAGGAGCAUGAUAUUCUUUUUGAGUGGCGCAUCUGCUCAAGUAUUUGCUGAUGUAGCUCUCUGCCCUUUUGAAUCAAUUAAAGUCCGUGUGCAAACACAAACAAAUUUUGCUAAGGGUUUAGUGGAUGGAUUUCCUAAAGUGUACAGAGCUGAAGGCUUGUCGGGAUUUUACAAAGGACUUCUUCCGCUUUGGGGACGUAAUCUUCCAUUUUCCAUGGUGAUGUUUUCAACAUUUGAGCAUUCAGUUCACCAUAUAUACCAUGAUAUCCUUCAGCGAAGAAAGGAAGACUGCUCUAGAAUCCAGCAGCUUGGUGUGACUUGCUUGGCUGGUUAUGCAGCUGGAGCUGUUGGCACUUUGGUCUCAAAUCCCGCUGAUGUCAUUGUUUCCUCUCUUUACAACAAAAAGGCUGACUCUGUGCUUCAGGCUGUAAAAAAAAUAGGGUUCCUGAAUCUAUUCACUAGGAGUCUGCGUGUUCGAAUUGCACUGGUGGGGCCUGUAGUGACUAUGCAGUGGUUCUUCUAUGACACUAUUAAAAUUCUAAGUGGACUGCCUGCAAGUGGUGGACUCCCAAAGCGUCUUGAAGAGUCAAUUUCUGCUGGUUAAUGAUAUGCUUCCGGCAACCUCCUUUGGCAUAGUUCUUCCUGACAAGAGUAGUUAUAAAUUCCCUCCACACAUCAGUUUGUAUCAGUUUGAUCACGAAUGAUGGAACAGAGAAGAGAAUAUCUGUACAGGUUUAUAUCAGUGUACACUGCAUGUAUCUGGUUUUGCCGAUAAUAACUCAGUGACAUAUUACAUGAACUUGCAGUGUUACUGCUUUUUACUCAUGAUAGAUUUUCUGCUGAUAAAAUAUCAUCACAAGGAUAAAUCAUUAAAGCACGUUUAGGCUUGGAUCUGACCUACCUAUCUGGAGUACAUAGCCAACCUAUUCAGAAUUCCCCUUGUAAACCCUUUCCUCCUCCCGGCGGUGAGAUUCGAUCCUGGAGUAGCUACCAAGUAUGAAUUUUAUUUGUUGUUUUGUUUACUAGUACAUCGUACAUGAAGUCAUAAGGCAUGUAGCCAGCAUUCAGAUCUGAGUGCACUAAAUCUGUGGUUGUGACAGGGCAAGUUGCCCUUUUAAUGGGACCAUGUUGUUCAAAGUCAUAUUUGUAUAGCAUGAAUGGAAAAAAAAAAACAUAAUCAUUCAUGCAUUCCCACCACAUAUGACAUGUAGCUCAAUGAUCAACUCUGUGCCAUACAUUGUAAGUAUUCUUUUAUAUUUGAUAGACAGAUUUCAGUUUUAA